ACAAAGUUCAUCUCUGAAUUCAAUACUAGAGCCACGGGUAUGAUCACUGGAAUCUUCUUUAUGGCAUAUCAAUGCCUUUAUCGAUCAGGACUAACAGCUAGCCAUACAUGAUAAAAUCAUACAAAGCAAUACCAAGAGUGAUGUGGUGGCAUUGAAAGCAGAAGUCAUUGAGCUAAACGGCUUGGUGGAAUCUCACUUAGACAAUCUUCCUCCGUUUGACCAGAAGCGCAUUGGACUGUCUGUGGAUACUUUGUUCAAGUAUGUGGAAGCACAACGCACCCAGCUUGAUACCAGAGAGUUUCACUUUGUAGGUGAGCCCAUUCCGGCUGCGAAGUCCAGACCAUUACGAGCACCACAGGCCUCAGAGCCAAUGCAGGAAAGUGCAAGAACAUACGAAGGGCUUUCUGGGGUCAAACAGACAGUAGAGGGUUCUGGGAGCCAUGUUUUAAUCAGAAACGCUAAUAACAGUAUAGUGGUCACUUCGGAACAGGUGCCGUCAUCCAUGCACAUCAAGGGCGGCCAAAGCACUGUUUUCAAGGUGGAAGCCAAGGGCCCCGUUUUUGUUCAUGAUUUGGAAGACUGCGAUUUGGUGAUUAACUGUCACCAGCUAAGACUACACAACUUGAACAAUUGUCGCAUCUGGAUCGACAAUGUGGGAAAUAACACCAUAAUUAUUGAGAACUGUCGAGGGCUUACGAUAGGCAGACUUGAUGGCGGAAGCGUGGAGGUAGACGACUUCGAUUGGCCCACUAAAUCAUUCACCAAUCCUCACUUUAAACAUGCCACGGAAAGAAUCGACUAUGGCUGGAUAAGUGGUAUUCAAGACGGCAAGAUCGACCGUUAGUUCUCGAUAAGCUAGGUACUUUACCACCGGAUCAAGUUCAUUACUUAUCCAAUAAGCUUGUGUACUGUCAUUACUUGGUAAAAAACUGGGCACGUAUGUCGCAAUGGCAAUCUUCUCAACGCUGCCAGUACGGCGGGCCGUAAUACAUAUCUGAUAUCAUAUCUGAUAUCAUCAUCCACGUUUUAGGCAUUCAUAAAUAUAACACUCACUUAAAGUAUAAGCCGAAAUUAGUGGCCUCGUCCUAUUAUUGAUAAAGCAGACUUUCGGGAUUCGGAAGUACCACCUAAGUCGUUUUGCACCGUAACUUCGGUGAUUAUGUACUAAGACUUCAUAUUUUUCAGCGUGUUUAGAAUCGACUAAUGUAAGGGUGCGCCGCACUUGAAAGCUAAAAAUUUGACAGGCAGAUACAAAGAAAGGCCAACAACCGCAACUAAUUUACACCAGGAAACUCAUUAAAUAACACAGGGGGUAGAAAGAUUUCUG